UAGGAAAAGGGGAAGAAGGGUAGAAUUUGGAAGACGGGACGAGAUAGACUUUCUUUUCUUUUCGAUUCUUCUCAUCUCUCCUUGUCUCAAUCGUCCAUACUUGCAUCUCUUUCUCUUUGAUUCCCUUCUUCUUCCACUCAAUUCCUUAUCCUUUUUUUGGUCCUUUUCCUCUUUUUUUCCUUUUUUUUUUUUAUAAUUUUUGUUCACUUUUUCAUCAAUUGCGUUAGAUCUCAAUCUACCAACAAAAGAUUUACACAGGAAAGUUCAAGUGAAGUCAUAAUCCAUGGCGUCUUCUUCUUCUUCAGCUCAACUUCGUCUCAUGUCUGAUCUCAAAUCCAUCAUCAAUGAACCCCCUGAGGGUUGUAGUGCAAGUCCUUUAUCUGAUGAUAAUCUAUUUGUUUGGAGUGCCACCAUUUUUGGGCCAGAUGAAACCCCCUGGGAAGGUGGAGUUUUUAGUCUACGGUUGACAUUUACUGACAAUUACCCAGAAAAGCCUCCUCGAGUUCGUUUCACCUCUGACAUUUUUCAUCCUAAUGUUUAUCACGAUGGAACUUUGUGUAUGGACAUCAUCCAGGAUGCAUGGUCACCAUGCCACAAUGUAGCAACAAUCUUAACUUCAAUCCAGUCUCUUCUAACUGACCCCAAUCCUUCAAGUCCUGCAAAUCCUGAAGCUGCUCAACUCUUCCAGCAUGACAUUCAGGCUUAUAACAAGAGGGUUCGUAGAUGUGCUCGUAAAUCAAUCGAGUGUUCUUGAAGGCAAAAACGAACAUUAUUUAACCUGGGAUAUUGUUCAAUUAAUGGAAUCUUGACUUCAUCGCUGUAAUCAUCCUAUAAGCUAUCUCACGAUCAGUCAUGUUUGUUCGUUCCUGUGUAAUUGGAAAUUGUCGCACAAAUCCUGUCAAUAACACGGAAUUCCACUUCUCAUGUAUGCAUCAUUUAUUCAAUUCAAUUUAAAAGAUUUUUAGUUGUAAUAAGUGCUUGUUUGUACUGUAAACUGGUUAUACUGAAAUAGUAAAAAUUCAACACAAUUUCAGAACA